AUGCCACGCACCAGACAUGCGCGCUUCUCCCACUCGCGCAGCAACGGUGAGCACGUUGGCGAGCGCAAAGCUCCCUUCAUGUGCAGCGGGUCACCGAUGAGGCACCGCGUCUCGCCGCUCAAGCAACUGUCGUCACACACCCCACUCUCACCUGCGCGGAGUGACGACAACAGCCGUACACUAGUCGAGGUGCUGGCACCUGCGCUGCGCGCGGUGGAGUCGGAUAAUGCGGCACACCCUCUCCCUGCGUUUACACUGCCGAUGUCCACGGACGCCAAGCACGUGGAAUGGCGAGAGGCGACGGAAGCGACACUGCCUGUGGCAACGGUGGAGGACAAGAAAGAAGAAGAGGAAGAGGAAAACUUCUCUUUCCGCAUCAGUGAGUUCCGCAUGCCACGCACCCCGCAACGCCGCUCCAGCGUGGUGGCAGCCUCCCUAUCCCCUCUGCCGCAGCACGCCACAGCUGCCCAACGGGCGGCAGAGGCGGAACUGCACGCCACGAACGAUGACGAACGUUGUUUGGUGGCCACCAAUGAUGAUGACGAGGCGUUGCCACACCCGGCUGUUGCGGAGGAGUCGCCAAGGCGACGCGCAGAGGAGGAAGAUUUUGUCGAGGUGAAUCCCACACAGAACGACGCUGUUGCGGCUUCUGUCUCCGCCAAUGAGGAAGAAGUGGUGGAACUAGAGAAAGAGGAUGGAGCAUCCACUGCCACUGGUGUUUCUCUCGAUGACAUGAAAGAGCGCGCCGAGGAGGACGUCGCAGAAACAUACGGGGAUGAUGCUAUCCACUCCGCCACACAGCCCGUACCAACCCCAUUGACAGAAGAUGUUGCUGUUACAUACGUACAAGAGGUGGCUGGAGCGUCGGCGUUCAGUUCACACGCGUACGAGUGCAGCUCCACGACGACAGAGUCACCAGACAAGGAAAUCGUGGAAAGCGAACGUCGUCAGCUUUUGUUUGACUACGAUGAUGAAACGCUACGGGAGAAGGAAACAGAGGCGGAAGUUCCUCUCGCAACACUUACGGCGGUGGAAUGCGUGGCGCCUACACCCGUGCCUGAAGUGGACAGCUGCGUUCAAUCACAGCAGUUCUACGAGUGCAUCAGUGCCCCAUCGACGCCCAGUUUACAACUGCUUGACACGUACCACCAGCUGGAGGCGACGCGGCGAGAGAUGGCGGUUUCCAUCAGCUAUCAGCGCGCCACGCUCCGCGUGGAGGGGCGGCGCGGCAGUUUAGUUUUGGUCUCAGGCGACCUGCCAGCGCCCUACACUCCAUCCAUUCAGCAGCCGCACACGCCGACCCCGUCGGAGGCGCCGAGGCGGCACACCCCCACGCCGCCGCCGCCGCCGCCGCCGAUGUCGUUCUCGCAGGGCACGGCGACAACAAUGGCGCCGGGGAUGUCACUGGAGGUGUCACCGAUGCCACGGCCGGUUACGCUGCGCUCUCAGCUUCCCUCCCCUGUACGUGGUCAGCAGGCGGCGGUGUCAGCCCCCUUUUCGAUGAGCCCGCGCGAGGGUCGCUCCACGCCGUAUCCUCACACCCCUUUGGCUGAUAUUACUGCAGCCGAAGAUGGAGAUGUACGCAGGGAAGAGCCGAUGGACGGAUGCACGCCAAACAGUGCAGUCCGCUCCCUCUCCCGGUCGCUCACCAACAGAAAGUCAGUGGUUGAGCGGCUGAUGGAGUGCUGUCCGUCGGAUGUACGUGAGGAAGCAGAGCUCCUCAUUGCCGCUGAUGCCUCAGUGACUCGCACCCCGUCGCGGACCCUCGGCAGCGGACAACUCUCGGAGGUAUUAACAGAUAACUCCUCCAUCUCACAGCGCGUUGCGGCACGCCCACGCAAGUAUUACUACGACUACACAUACUGGGAACGUCAUCUGCAUGAUACCACAACCAAAAGUGCACAGAAAAAUCAACGGAAGGCGAAAAAAGCUGCGAAAAAGGCGGCUGCCCGAAUGGCAAAGAAGGAGAGAGAGGCACAGCUGGAGCAGCUGAACACGCAGCAGCAGCAGACCGUUGAAUCUGACGCCGAGGCACAGACAUCAUCCACGGUAGCUGCUGCACCAUCGCUGAGGAACUCGAUGCCAAACCUCCCCCAUGUCACCACCAAACGUUCUUCACAGUCACACCACAGAAGGAAUUCGUCGUCGUUCCGGCCGUCGUUGAAGAAUGUUGUGUCGAGAAAGAAUCGCGAGAGAAUUCUGCUCCGCCAGCGCCGUUUUAAGAGACGUCACACAAAAUAG